CAUAGAGAUUUCCUUGGAAUAAACUGGAGACAAAAGGCAUUGUGCCAAUAUCCAAUUCAUGAGGGAAAGGCCAAGCCUUAUCGGAGCUUUACAACGGCCAUGAGCAGACGAAUGUUAGCCGACUUUGGUGUACUUGUGCCCAUUGGCUCUGGAAUAUGCAGAAAAUGUAAUGGAGAAUACUUGAAAGCAUAUAUGUCAUGUACAGAAAAAAAGGAUAUCAAUGGCAAUGGCAUGGAUAUAGAGAUUGAUGAUCCAAAUGAAGACAAACCUAAUGUUACUAAAUUUUCAAAAUUAGUGGUUACAACAGAUGAUGAAGAUGAGCAUUGUAACUAUACACUUCGCACGAGAAAGACAAAUUCAUCUACCUUUGAUAAGAAUUUAUACACAUAUUCACAAGACAGCGAGGGGCAAGUUAGUACAGUGUGCAGCAGUCAAGAUUCAAGUUGGAGCCAAGGGGACGAAGCAUUGCCUCUUAAAGAAAUCCAAAUUGCUGAUAUCAACAAGGCUAUUUAUGUUCUAGGUCAAGGUUGUAUCAGUCCACUUAGAUCAAAGCUGAACACAAAUAUAGAUGAAGCAAAAGACAGAACCAUCCGAUACUACAAAAGAAAGGCAGAGGAAACAGCUGAAGCUCUAUAUAAUGCUAUUGCACCUAAACAAGGAACUAAACUAAGGAGAAUUUCUGAUCAGGUUCCAGUAAUGAAAGGUGAUGAUGACCUUCUUCAUGUUGUUUCCCAGAUGUGCACAAAUAUAAAGGAUGCAGAUGUAAAGUGUCAACUUUUGUCUCUUGUUGUGAACCAGUUUUCAAAAACUGAUUUGUUGACAUGGAUUCCUGAGAUCACAAAAUAUCAAAUAGAUAAAGCAAGAAAACAUGCAUUUGUUAAUGGUCCUGGCUCAUGUAUACAAUCUUCAAAGACACAACAACAUAGGCAGAGAAUAAACUAUGCCAUGUUACAGCAUGCUGUAGAAUUCUUCAGUGACCCAUCUUUCAACCAAAUAUCAUCUUACACUACCCAUGACCUAAAAUUAGACUCGGGAGAUAUUCUUGUUAUCCCAGAUGUUGUUAGAACAGUCAUCCAUUCAAACUUAAUUAAACUGUAUAAACUCUACUGUGCCGACAAUGAUUUCAAUCCUCUAAGUGACUCAACACUGUAUCAAGUUUUGAAUGCAUGUGAAGCAUCCAAAAGGAAGUGCCUUAAGGGUUUAGACAACAUUGCUGUAGAUGGCACCACAGCAUUUGACAACAUUUUGUCCUUAAUUUCCAAGCUGAACAAAACAGAGGACUGGAAGAGUAAAGUUAAGAGCAAACUUUUAAAUAGCAGACUGUACUUAAAAACAGAUUACAAACUGCACAUAAAAAGAGAAGAUGAAUGUGCCUUCCAUUGCCUGCAGUAUUCAUUAAGUGAUCCAAAAGUUGGUGCCCUUAGUAUUGGAUGUAAACAUUUGCAUCAAAAGGCUUGCGACAGAUGUCUGCUGCUUGGAGAUAUUGUUGAAGAAGUUCGGUUGGCCAUUUUAUCCAGCUGUCCAGAGGAUCAAGAAGCUUUCCUCCAAGACCUGGAAAUAUCAACAAGGCAGAUUGAGGACUGGAGAUCUCACAUCUUGAGAACAAUCAACCAAGAUGAUGCCAGGUUUGAUCUUCUGAACAGCAUACAAGGCAAUGAAGUAAUUAUUAUCAUGGAUUGGGCAAUGAAAUACCUUCCACAGAUGUUUAGGGAAAGAAUGAAAGAUUUCUUUGGUCAAAAAGGGAUGCACUGGCAUGUGUGUGUUGCCAUUAUUAAAGAUGAAGACAACAGUUUAAAGCACAAGACCUUUACUCAUAUAAUGGACCAUGUGAAGCAGGACUUCUUCGCUGUUUUAUCCCUGUUGGAGCACACACUAUCUUCUAUUAAGAAACAGUUACCACAAAUCACAGAGGCAUACCUUAGAUCUGACAAUGCUGGUUGUUACCAUUGUGGUCAGCUGUGGCUAGCAAUACCAAGUUUGUCAGAAAGAACAGGGAUACAAAUCAAACGUUAUGAUUAUAGUGAGGCCCAGAGUGGCAAAAGCUACUGUGAUGCUAAAAUUGCCCAUAUGAGACAAAAAAUGAGAAUUUUCUCUGCAGAAGGCCAUAACAUCACUACAGCUAUGCAGAUGAAAGAAGCGAUUGAUAGUGGAGCUGGAGUUAAAGGAGUUUAUACAUCAGUUGUUGAUGUUGAUACAACAAAGCAUCAGCUUAAAACACAUUCUUGGAAAGGUGUAAGCUUUAUCACAAAUGUAGAGUACACAAGUUCUGGAAUAAAAACAUGGAAAGCAUACAGAAUAGGAGAUGGUUGCUUUAUCGAGAACAACAAGGUAAAGCAAAUGUUUCGCGAUGAACAACCAGCUACUUGUUUACAGAUCAUCAGUGAUGACUUUCAAGAUCAUGAGUCAUCAGGGCAUAUCAAUCUAAAACAAGGAACAUCAGCAGAAAUUCAUGAACAACAUGUAUCAUCCAACCAAACUGCCUUUGCAAAUGAACAAAGUUCCUCAUCAUCAAACCAAUCAAUAGUCAUAGAACAACAAAUUCCUGAAUCAUCAAAUUGUACUACAGUCUUAGAAGAAUUAGACUCUCCAUUACAAGACCAUGAAGGCAAUAAUGUUGACAACGUAUUCUAUUGCCCAGAGUAUGGUUGCACCAAGGCAUACCAGUCAUUUGAAAAAAUGCAAGAUCACAUUCUCAUUGGAAAACACUCGAAACAACUAUUAAAUGACUCAACUUAUGACAGAGCUAAAAAGAUAUGGGCUGAAAAAUGUGAAAAUCUUCAUGCUUCUACUCAUGUCACUAUUGAAUCUGAUACUGGAACCUCUAGCAGCAACAAUUUGAAUAUACCUGCAAUGGGUUGGGCAUUAAAGAAAGAGAAAAAGUAUGUCAGAUUUUCACAGAAUGUGAAAUCAUAUCUUACAGAACUAUUUAAGAUUGGAGAGGCUAGUGGCAAGAAAGAAAAUCCAGCAGCUGUUGCUAUGAACAUGCGUAACAUGUCAGAAAAUGGAAGACGAAAGUUUUCCCCCAAUGAAUGGUUACAACCUAGCCAAAUUGCAUCAUUUUUUUCAAGACUUGCUAUGAAUGCAGGGAAGACAAUAAUGUGUAUAGACAGCUGUGAUUUAGAUGCUGGUGACAGUGAUUUAUUGGCCGUGCUGAAUGAAUUAGAGAAUCAAGAAAUCCAUGAAAACUUACAUUUAUAGUCAAUCACUCUGUUUGUCUGUUUGUAACUAAAUCUUGAAGACAUUUUAUUUCACUGUGACAAAAUUUCAAUGUGAGGGAUAUCAAUCAUUUGGCUUUCAUUGUUCGUACCUCAGUCGUCUGAACAUAAAGUUUUGUAAGAAAGUUUAUUGAAAGGUCAUCUAUAAAAUUCAUGUUUUUAUGCCCCACCUGUGAUAGCAGAGGGGCGUUAUGUUUUCUGGUAUGUGCUUUCAUUCGUCCGUCCGUCUGUCCCACUUCAGGUUAAAGUUUUUGGUCGAGGUAGUUUUUGAUGAAGUUGAAGUCCAAUCAACUUGAAACUUAGUACACAUGUUUCCUAUGAUAUGAUCUUUCUAAUUUAAAUGCCAAAUUAUAUUUUGACCCCAAUUUCACGGUCCACUGAACAUAGAAAAAAAUAGUGUGAGUGGGCAUAUGUGAACUAUUGGACACAUUCUUGUUUUGCAUUGAUAGGAAGUCCAAUACAGUCACAUUGCAGACUUAGGUCUUUGUUUUACAUUGUAGCAUAUUUCAAGAUCUUCAACUGUCUUUGUCUCAGAAUCUUUUAGGACUAAACAUCAAAGAUGGUCACCUUUCAUUAAUAUCUGAAAUUCAACAAAUAUUCAGUUUCGAAAUGUCAAUGUUUUGUGAUUUUUAUAUGACCGCAAAAAAAUUUUGUCUGUCGUAUAUUGGUAUGACGUUCCGAAGACAUUGGUUUUCGCACUCGUAACUUUAGUUUAAGUGAAUGGAUCUCUAUGAAAUUUUACCAUAAGGUUAAAUACCACAAAAGGAAGGUUGGGAUUGAUUUUGGGGGUUAUGGUACCAACAGUUAAGGAAUUAGGGUCCAAAAAGGUUCCAAAAAUAAGCAUUUUUGUAACUUCCAGACAUAACUUGUGUAUUAGUAUUUGGAUCUAUCUGACAUUGUACUACAAGGUUCCAUAUCACAAAGGGAAAGCUGGGUUUGAGUUUGUGGGUAAUUGCCCUUAACGUUAAGGAAUUAGGGGCCAAAAAACAAGCAUUUUUCUAGUUUCCAGACAAUAACUUGUGUUCAAGUGUAUGGAUCUCUCUGAAAUUGUACUGCAAGGUACCAUACCACAAAGGGAAGGCUGGGAUUGAGUUUGGGGGUGAUGAAUCAUAAGG